UUUUGGUUUGGUUUACAUGGGGUCUAUAUGAGGCUUCUAAACUUUUUCACUCUGCCAUAUGAAGCUUUUGAUGUCUUUAUCUAACAUGUAAGCAAGAGAGUGAUAUCAAUAGUUAUGGGCCACAUAAAUCACAUGCAUUGAAUCAAGGUCGCGGAGCGAUCGUGUGUUAACUACUAAAAUCCAACCUUAUCCAAGCAGUAUGACCAUCUGUUAUUGGCUAAAAAAACAUUAUAACUGUCACAGUGUUCUGUCAUUACUGUCAUUCAAUUCAAUGGCUGUUUUGUUUUGUUGAGGCAAGAUAACCUGUUCCGCACAUUUUAAUGCUGAAAAGUAAAUGAAUACUUUCGACUAUUUUUUCAGUUUCACUAUUUUUAAGUAGUACUAUCUGUCAAGGGGUGUUAAAUUAAAAAUAUACCAUGUUACUUAAAGAAUAACUGCAGUAUUUAGAAACUAAACAGCCAUGGCUAGUGCACAAAUCGAGGAAUCUAUUGCAAAAUACGAAGCGUUCAUCAACGAUGUCUUAAAGGAAGACCUGAAAAAAGUGGAUUGGCGACUGCAACAAAUAAACGCCGAAAUCACCGACCUGAUUCAACAAAAACAUACUCUUGAAGUGGUGACAUCUAAAGAAAAACACCCAGAAGGCUUCAAAACACAGGUGAACAUAGGAUGCAACUUUUUCAUGGAGGCCUCAGUUCCGGACACUUCGACGAUGCUGAUUAACGUUGGACUGAAUAAUUUCCUUGAGUUUCCUGCAGAAGAAGUGGUGAAGUAUUUGGAUGUGCGAAUAAAGGCAUUUGAGAGGAAAGCGGAGGAGUUGAAAGACCAAAGUGCUAAGACUAAGGCUCAUAUUAAGCUUAUGUUGUUCGGUAUUGGAGAGCUGCAGGAGAAAGCAACUAAGAAGGGAUAAAGUUAUACAUUUUUAUUAAUCAAUUUGGUUAAUAAUAUAACAAACCAGAGAUUGUGGUUUGCAACAAGUUUUGUGAACAUUUAAAUACUGAAAGGUAUACCUUGACAAUAUGUGAUUGUAUUUAGUAAAAUAUUCUACUUUGUCGUUUGCUAUGAAGCCUCUUUGUCUCUCACAACGAACAACGAUCUUGUAGGGCAAAUGUAACUGGUCCGUUUUUUACAUGUUUUACAAUGUUUGCAUUAUUAAAUAGAGUGUCCACUGGUUAUAAUAUGGUAGGUGUGUUCAGUGGACACAUGUAGAACACAACAUCAUAGUGUAAUAAUGGAAAAAAUGGAUCAGUUACAAUUGCCCCCAGUCAAGAUUUGCCCCACUGUAUUUGCUUGUAAGGGCAAAUCACAAGUGGGAUGUUUUUUGUUACAUGAAAAUCUAGCCAAAUACAUCAACUUCAUAUUAGUAUGUAGACUGAGCACUAAACAAGUAUUUUAUGCCACUUUGGGUGAAUAUUUUGCCCAAGGGUUCUUUGGCAAUCCACUGUUCUGUAGUUUUUAUGUUUGUGUAUGAAGUAUAUGAGCAUUUCUUUUUUUUUGCCACUUUUAUGAAGUGUGAUAUUUAAAAAAAAAAAUGCUAUUUCUACUCAGAAUUACUAGCCUUUUCAAUCCUAGUAGUUAAAAAAAAU